GAACGUCUGCUGCGUUUUGUUUGAAUGUGACGCAAAUAACGUGAGGAUGUAGAAACGCUUGUUGUUUACGUUACGUUACGUUCCUGAACGGAUUUAUAUCCUUAUUCUUGUUUGUAAAAAAGGGGACAAAAUCAGGAAGCUGUCAAUGGAGAACAUAUCCGGUAUCCUCAAUACGUCGCUUCCUACACCAAGUCAUGGACAACCAGUGUCCACAGCGGAGGCGUUCCGAAUAGCUGCACCAGCGGCCAUGAUGAUCGACCGGAUAGUUACGCCCAUUUGGUACGUCAUCGGUGUUAUAGGAAACCCUAUAACCAUGAAAAUCUGGUUGUCUAAACGUAUGCGAGAGUCAAACUCUUCCGCUAUCUACAUCGGUUCCAUUGCGAUUGUUCACUUCAUUUUCAUUUGGCUUCAUCUGUUACUAGAACUGCAUAUAGCAUGGGGCAUUUCAACAUAUAACAAGCCGACAUUGUGUGAAAUAUUCAACUUUUUAUACAUCAUACCGCAAUAUUUAGCCCCGCUUCUUAUUCUUGGCUUUACGACAGAGAGAUAUAUUGCCGUCUGCUUACCUUUCAAAAAGGAACAAUUCUGCACCGUUCGUCGGGCAUGUAUAGUAGUGUUUGUCUUGACAGUAUUUUCUUUUCUCCUGGGAUCUGUGCAAAUGUACAUGUGGACUUUUAACGUUGAACGGCAGCUAUGUUAUUACCGGAAAGGAGCAAAACCGUUCUAUGUCAUAUGGACGUGGAUAUCUGAAAUGCUUAUUUUUGCCGUGGUCCCUCUAUUAGUGUUAAUUUUCAAUAUCCUUGUAAUUCGCGAAAUUAAACUUUUAACGCGGAGAGCUUCUUUCAGGAUGCAUCGCGAUAGUAAUAAUCGCGGAAACGCAAAUCAGACAUCGACCGUUACGCUUCUAUCUGUCUCAUUUUAUCUGAUUUGCACUUUACUACCAGCUACUAUCGUAUAUGCAAUGCAAUCAGUGAUCAAGACUGGGGAACAUACAAUACCAUACAACAAAUGGUCGGAGGACCCACAGUGGCAAAAAUAUCUGAUUUAUUUCACUAUUAGAAAAAUUGUAGAAGAAAUUACGUUUUCAAACUACGCGUGCUAUGUGUUCAUUUAUUACAUAACUGGGUCUUACUUCAGAACGGAAGUUCAUAAAAUUCUGUGUUUUAGACUGUGCCGCAAUAAAAGUAAAAGAGAUGUUCAGAGGACAUCAACGAAGACUAGUACCCAUGCUGAGCAGUAUACUUUGAUAACGACAAACGGCAAACAAGAAAUUUGUCAAACUGAAACUGCCUCUGUUGCUGUUUAAUUUUUUGUCCUUAUUUGUUGUUGCUUUUCUUGUUGUGCAAGAAUUUCUGCAGAAGGACAGAAUACCACUAAAUAUUUUCCUAGAUUAUUUCAAUAUGAAAUCUAAUUCGAAAUCUCAAUGAUUCAAACUGGUUAGAUUUUCAGCAUGACGUAAAAAAGCGGUAAAACUGCUUCAUCAAAUAAUUUUAUAGAAUUAACACAAUUGCGUUUAGUUUGACAAAUCUCACUAAAUAUUUAAUACAAAAUAUUAAGUUCUUCUUUUGAAUAUGCAUUUUUAUUGAGUUAUGUUUCUCGAGAUACAUAAUUUCUUAAUAUGUUUGGCGUGGCAUCUGUUAUUCAAUCCUUUACAUUUCAAAUACAGUUAUGAGGUUUUAGAUAAAGGUUUUUUUGGAAUUUGUAAAAAGUUUAUUGUCGCCCGAUCUCAAAUUUAAAACAAUUAGGUUUAUUUACUGCGUCUGUUUGAUGCGAUUUUAAAUGGGAGCGGGAUGUAAGAAAAAAACAUUUCUUUCCUACAUAUAUCAUAUAUUUUUAGUAUGUAACUUUUUUCAUUAUUUUUUUACAGCUGUCACUUAGAGUUCGUUUUUACAAUUAGCAUUUUUUGUGUUUUUUUUUUAAAAGAACAAUUUUAAAUAUUUGCAAUAUUUGCAAAUGUAUUAAACAAGAACCUUACCAGAAAAAGAAACAAUGUUUCGGAAAAGGCAGAUCAAAAAGCUACCGUGUUCAACAACAGUAUAAACUAUUUUUCUUGUACAACAAACAUAAGACUGAAUAUGUUGCUAUGUUGAACCUAUAUAUAGUGUGUUUCCUGGUCGCAUAUAAACGAUACACUGACUCGUUUCACGUAAUACUAUUACACUUCAAAAUAGUUGAUUAUGUGUAAUUGUUGAAAUAUAAUAUUAAAUGGCUUCUUAUACGUAUUUACAUGAUACACACGUCUUGUCGUAAGUAGUUUUUUUUUCAAAGUAUACUAUACGACACAAGGAUCCAUUUCAGUUGAGAAAAAAUGGUAGUAUACUCUUUUAAAUUUAAUCUAAAAAAAUAAUAUUGUUUUGUUUGUUUGGAUCUACGGCGCACAAACACAGUUUAGUUCAUAUGGCACGGAAAAAGGAAAUAUGAUUUUGGCUAACCUCGGGUGUUAAAACUUAAAGCAACAACAGGGGGUCAAAUACACUUCACCUGCUAGAGCUAACAAAUGCAUAGACUCCAGUUAUUCGAACCGAUUAAGUCGCCUCUUACGACCAAGCAGGGCUAAACGGUGGCUGCAUUUAUGAUGCCUCGACCCUUAAAGACAACUCCUCAGACACAAGGGCCAAAUGAUAUUUAAAAAGAUAAAUCAGUCCUUAAAUGUUACUUUAAUUGUCAGAUAACGAACAACAAGAGACCGCGUCUCAUUUAAAUCAUUACAUGUUUGUACAUAUAUCGUUAUUUAUAUUUUCAUGCUUUAUGAGAAUAAACUAAUUUUUAAUUUA